AUGACUUCGCUCCUCAAGUGGGCCAGGACAGUUAUAAAAAGAGAUCCCUCCUCCGUGCUUCGGUUUCCAACAAGUGGGUUCGAAGUAAUCAAGCCGUCACAAAUUCUCGAAGAAGAGCGCUAUCGAGAGUUCAAGAAAGGGCACUACUAUCCUGUCACUAUUGGUGACAUCUUAGUAUCCAAAUACCAGGUACUCGGCAAGCUGGGCUUCGGAACAACUUCCACAGUAUGGCUCGCUCGUGAUCUCGACCCGGCACAUAGGCUUAGCGAUGAUCUUCUUAAGAGCGGACUUAGGCAGAUCUUUCUUGCGCUUGAUUAUCUUCACACAGAAUGCCAGCUUGUGCAUACCGAUAUCAAGAGCGACAACAUUCUCCAGGAACUUGAAGAGAUGUCAAUACUCGACAGGUUUACUGAUACCGAGAUAGAGCAUCCUUCGGCUCGGAAAUCAGUUAAUAAUAUGCCAAUCUACGCCUCCCGACAAUUUGAGUUACCCCAAGAGCCUGGUAGGGCAGUUCUUAGCGACUUUGGUUCAGCUGUACGGGGUGACGAGAAGAGGAACCAUGAUGCCCAGCCCACCAUCUACAGAUCACCAGAAGUCAUGUUGAAAAUUGAGUGGAGCUAUCCAGUUGAUAUUUGGAAUGUUGGCGUUAUGGUAUGGGAUUUGUUUCAAGGUAAACACAUGUUUCUUGGAUUUGACCCCGAUGAAAAGGGUUAUUCCACCCGUAUGCACCUAGCUGAAGUAAUUGGAAUACUGGGGCAUCCUCCUUCGGAUUUGCUCAAGCGUGCGGGCCGAAGUGACGAAUUCUUCACUAAAUACGGGCAUUGGAAGAAUGAGGUCAAGGUACCAGGGGAGAUGUCAUUAGAAAAGUCCGAGGAGCGUCUGAAUGGAAGAAACAAAGAGAUGUUUCUAAAGUUCAUGAGGGGAAUGCUUCAAUGGCGACCAGAGGACAGAAAGACAGCCAAGCAGCUGCUUAAGGAUCCGUGGCUAGACAAUCGAGCCUAG